AUGUCGCACAACGUGGCGCCUAACCUCGUGGUUAUGCGCCUCUCGCAGCCCAGCUACGAAUGUGCAGCGUGGCAAAUAAUCGACGCUUCGGACGCGCUCGUGGCUUUGGAGACGGAGAGUCUAGAUACGGUCAAGCAAACGGCGUAUACGCCAACUCUGGUGCUACCGGAGUAUGUAAACGAAUGCUUUCUCGGUGAAACCUUGCACCUCUCGAUACUGUUGUCAAACUCCAACAAAGCGGCGUGCAACAACGUCAAACUCAAGGUCGAUGUCGUCACGGAAGACGCAGUUCAGGAUCCGUUUGUAAUGGAGCCGCUAUCCGGAGUGACCCUCGAGCCACACAGGAAACCGUACCAGACAACAAUCUCCUACCUGUGCAACAAGCAGUCACAACAUAACAUGACCUUCAUUGUCACCUUCACUGUAGGAAAGAGAAACUACCAGGUGGUCAAACGGGCGAUAUGGAACGUAGUAAACCCGAUAGACAUCCAUUUCAAGUCGGAAAAAGACUCGACCGGACGACCCCACCUGGAAGCCACGGUCACCAACAUAUGCAAACACACGCUCACCGUAAAGGACAUAAAACUCGUCACACCGCAGGACUCUACAUUCCAGGACCCAAUAUACGAGCAGCACAAGGAUGUUAAUGGUGUAUGCGUGCUGCAGCCAAACGGCGCGUAUAGCGUCAUAUUCAAAAAUGUUAAAACGACGAGGCCUAUGCAAAUCAAGGUGUUCUGGCACUGCUAUGAAAGGGGUGUCGGCGAAAUUAAUAUGCCCCCUAUCGCAUAUGAAACGAUUCAGCACCCGGGAACGGUCUCGCUGAACGAUGAGUUCACAAUCAAGUUCAGAGUCACCAACAUCACCAAAGAGAGCCUGCAGUGCAGACUCAAAUUUAACCAAAAACAACUUAUACCUUUGGUGGUGCAGGUGGAGGACUACCUAGAUUUUGGGGGAAUGGCUCCAAUGGAGUCCAAAAUAAUAGAAGUGCCAUUCAUGAGUAUGGAAAAAGGUUUGCACUCGAUAAGGGGGCUGGAGUUCUGCGUCAUGCCGGACCUUAUCAUUCCAGUCACUGACCUGCAGGUGCUGGCGGUGUAG